CGCUGUUGUUGCCAUCGUACAUAUUGUUUUCUCCCACGAUUCACGGAAUUUUCGUUUCCUUGAAAAAUAUUGUUUGUGGCUUAAGGCUUUAUCUAAUAAAAUGCCAGUAUAAGAAGAAAGCGUCGGUAUAAAUUGUUUCUGAUAAAGUAAAAAUUGUAAAUUGUUUAUUGUCACAACAAAAUACAAAUUUUAUCGCUUAUUUGUUUUCUGUCAGUAUGUUUAUUAUUUUGGUUUCAAACUGAUGAACUAGAACAAUUGUUUUCGUACUUAAAUCGUUCGAAAAAAUGGACAAAUUGAAUUUUGAAAAUUGGGGAGCCACUGAAAAAACUGAAUUUUUGGCUAAAUGUCACGAGUUUGUGAAUACUUUUAAGUCUGAGUCAUCUUUGACAAUUACAAGUAAUGGAAAUCCUACUGACUUGGCAAAAGCCAUACUGUCAUUGAUGAUAGCAUGCAUUAAAGGGAAGAUGAAAGUUGGUAUGGGACUGUCCGUAUUAAACGAUUUGUGUUCAAAUGUAGAAAUAGCUUCUGUGGUAAUGGAUGUGUUUAACUUUUUGGAUACUGAAACGGCUCUUUCAGAUAAUGUCGGACAUGAAAGGGAUAAUUUUAGCAGCCUAGUUAAAGAUUCUCAAAAGUUAUUUACAGAUAAACUUCUUAAAGAAAGAUUGGAAAUUGAAUCGCUAAAAGAUAUUAAGAUGUUAAAUAACGUUUUUUCCACUAAAUUUAUCAAAAUUAAAACUAAACUCUUUUAUAAACAGCGAAAAUACAAUCUGUUUCGUGAAGAAUCUGAAGGUUACUCCAAAUUAGUAACUGAAUUAAACUCUGAUAAUAUGGAUCCAAAACUUAUGUUAGAAAUUAUCAAAUCAUUGAUUGGUUGCUUUAAUUUAGACCCAAAUCGGGUUUUGGAUAUUAUAUUGGAUUCAUUUGAACAUCACACUGAUAACAAGGCUGAACAUUUCUUCAUACCUUUGUUACGUGAUUAUAUGCCUGAAUCCCAGAGACUUACUGAAGUAUUAGCAUUUAAAUUACGACAAGUAAACGACUUGAACCAUUCUUCAUAUAGGUUGAUUGCUUUAUUAAUUCAACAUAAUUUAAUUGAGCUAGACAAUAUAUAUCCAUGGUUGACGCCGGAUGAUAAAGUCAUACAAAAAAAUUGGGAAAAAGAUAUGAAAAGUGGUCAAGACUACAUGAAGAAAGCAUCAAGUAUAUUUUUGUCAAAAGCUCCUGAAACUGAAUCGGUCGACAAUAUUGAUGAAGCUAAGCUAGAAGAAAAUCAGAAGUUUCUUUUGUGUGAAGCUAUGUUAGAAAUAGGCGACUGGAAAACAGCUCAAGUAUUGUUGAAGAGAUUUCCUGAGUAUUAUGCUGUUGAGUAUUCUCCUAUUGGAGAUGCCCUCUGUAAUCUUAUCAGUCAAAUAAUUGAUCCAGUUUAUGUGCAAGUAUUUAACCUACAUUCGAAAUCUGAGAAAAAAAAUGAGCCUCUUCAAGAAAAUUCUUACUCUCUGAAACCUGUACUGACAUUUGAGGAUUUUCACAAUGUUGUUAUACCAAUGUUAAUCACCCUAGGACCUGGCUUGCAUCGUGAUCCUGUUCUGAUGUUUAAAGUAGUGAGAAUCAUCAGAGAAGCUUUAAUUAAGGAAGGAAUUAAAAACAAAGAUUUUUCCCCAAAUAAAGAUGGAUAUUAUUUUGACACACUGUCUUUGUUAGAUCGUGUACUGUUACCGUCAUUAUCUUUAUCAGAAGGAAGUAGUUUUUCUGAACAUUUAUGGUCGUUAUUACAGUUAUACCCAUAUCACUGCAGGUACGCAUUAUACAACAGUUGGAAGAAUGAAACCCAUAAAUACCAUCCUAAGUUGUUGACUAAGAAGGUUGACGUUCAGAAAAAAGCCAAAUCUGUUAUGAAACGCCUUUGCAAAGAUAAUACUAAACCUUCAAGUAGAGUAAUCGGCAAAAUAUCACAUUAUGCCCCGGGUUACUUGUUUGAUUAUAUAUUAGGACAAAUUCAAGUGUUUGACAAUCUGAGCAGUAUCGUUGUUGAAUGUUUGAAAUUCAUGACUAGCUUGUCAUUUGAUGUGCUCGGAUAUUGUAUUGUGGAAACAUUAGGUAAAAGUGGUCAAGAUAGAGUAAAACACGAUGGAACAUCUAUAUCUGUAUGGCUUCAGAGCACAGCUUCAUUUUGUGGAGCUAUUUUCAAAAAACAUCCUAUAGAACUUACUGGUAUCUUACAGUAUGUAGCAAAUCAACUUAAGACUGAAAACAGCUUGGAUCUUUUGAUACUUAAAGAAAUAGUGUUAAAGAUGGCUGGUGUUGAACUUAUGGAACAAAUAACUCCCGAUCAAAUUGAAGCUAUGUCGGGAGGUGAUUAUCUUAAAACAGAAGCUGGUUAUUAUAAUCAAAUAAGGAAUACAAAAAAAUCUUCAAUUCGAUUAAAGGAGUCUUUGUUGGAUAAUAAUUUAGCUGUAGCUCUAUGUUUAUUAAUUGCUCAGCAAAGACAUAGCGUAAUUUACAAAGAACACGAAUCAAUACACAUCAAACUGGCAGGACAGCUCUAUGAUCAGUGUCAGGAUACUUUAGUUCAAUAUGGCACUUUUAUGGGAUCUACGUUUUCCAUGGAGGAAUAUAUUAAUCACUUGCCAUCUGUUCAUGAUUUACUUGAUCAACAUCAUGUUCAUAUGGACGUGGCCUUUUUUCUGGCCAGACCGAUGUUUAACCAUUUUAUUAAUACUCGUUUUGAUACAUUGCGUAAAGCUGAUCCAAAUUCUAAAAAAUCAUUGCCGAUUCGACAAACCAUGUAUGCAGAGGCAUAUAAAGAAGUAAUGUCAUCUAUUGUUGAUUCUGUCGUACCGUUACAUCUUGAAAAAGUGUGGGAAGAUGUAUCUCCAGGAUUUUUAGUAACAUUUUGGUCAUUGACUUUGUAUGACUUAAGUGUUCCCGUCGAAGCUUAUAAAAGAGAAAUUAAUAAACUCAAAGCACAAUCCGCUGCACUAGGGGAUUCAAAACAAGCUAAUACUAAAGUAAAGAAAGAACAAGAACGAUUAUCGACAAUAAUAACAAAGCUCAACGACGAGAAAAAAAAGCAACAAGAACAUAUUGAAAAAAUUAACUACAUGUUAAAUCAAGAAAAAGAUACGUGGUUUUUAUCCCGUUCGGCUAAAUCAGCUAAAAACGAAACUGUAACACAGUUUUUACAAUUGUGCUUGUUUCCACGAUGUAUUUUUACACACACAGAUGCUAUGUAUUGUGCUAAGUUUGUUCAAACAUUACAUUCAUUAAAAACUGCAAAUUUUUCAACUUUACUCUGUUAUGACCGAUUGUUUUGUGAUAUCACUUAUUCUGUAACACUCUGUACAGAAAAUGAAGCUCAUCGGUAUGGUAUUUUCUUAAACGAAAUGUUAAAAAAUGUAAGUCGCUGGCAUUCAAGUCACGAGAUUUUUGAGAAAGAAUGUGCCACAUAUCCUGGAUUUGUGACUAAAUGUAAAAAUAGUGAUCAGUUUGUUCAAUCGAGUAACGAUCACGUUGGUUAUGAAAAUUUCAGACACGUAUGUCACAAAUGGCAUUAUAAAAUAACAAAAGCCAUGAUGGUUUGCUUGGAGUCUAAGGAUUAUGUGCAAAUUCGUAAUUCAUUGAUAAUCUUGAUCAAAAUUGUAAACCAUUUUCCGGUAUUAACUAAAUUGGCAACUUUAAUUGAUAAAAAAGUAGAAAAAGUAAGAGAAGAUGAAAAAGAAAAACGACAAGAUCUAUAUACUUUGGCAACAUCAUAUUGUGGUCUUCUAAAAGGCAGGUCAAGUCAGUUCCUCAAGGAGGCGGAUUUCCAUCUAGUCAGUGAAAAGGUAAGUCAAUCAACAAAUAGUGUAAGUGAUGGUAAAUCUGAUGUAAUAAAGAAUGCUCAGGAUGUAAAGAAGAAAGAAGAUGAAAAAAUUCCUGAAGCUAAAACACCGCCAUUACCUGUUAUUAAAACUGCUAUCAAUGGAACGUCAGCAUCAGAAUGGGUUGAAGCGGAAAAAAAAAUUGUAGACAAGGUGAAAGCAGAUAAGCGGCCAAUUAAAAUGUCUUCAGCACAGCCAAAUGAAAAAACACACGAGACUACCAUAGAACCAGAAAAAGGGGAACAAAUGGAAGAUCCAAAUGCUAAAAAAAAAGAAAAACGAAGUAGAGAUGAGAAUUUUGAUAAAGAAAAUGAUACUUAUUUUGAAAUUUCCAAAAAUCACAUCGUAAAGGAUUCAGUUAAUAGCAGUUCUAUAGUGAAUCAUAAUAACAAAGUCCAGACUCAAACAAUAUCGGGAGAGAAAUUAGCCAAUAAUGAGGUCGAAAUAAAUAAUAGUUCUUAUGCAGCAGCUGACAAAGAUAUCAAACGAAAACGAUUGGACACCAGUCCAGUUACGAAGCAACCUGUGAAAUAUAACUCAGAAGUAAAAACUGAAACAAAUGGAUCGACAUUGGCAGAGAAAAAGGAUAAGAAACUUAAAAAAUCUCAAUCAUCUGAUUCAGCGUCAUCAAAAGAAGCUCGCAAAGAACGUAAAAUUAGUAGAAAGCGGACAGAACGUAGAGAAGAAACCACACCAGAGUUAAAGCGACGUAAGGAAGAUGAAAAACAUAAUACUAAACCUGUAGAUACUCGUCAUGAAGAUAAUACAAAUGACAAACACAGAUCAGAACGAGAAAAAUCUCCACAUUUAAAAGAGUGGACAGAACGAAAUGAUUCUCGGCACACUAAAAAGCAUAGAACUGAUAAAAGAAAAUGAUGACUGUUUUCCUGGAUUAAAAAUAGCAAUUAAUAUAUUAUUAAUUUCUUAAAAAUAAACUUUUGUAUAUAAUGUAUGAUUACUAAUCUAAAAUUAUUAUUUCCAUUUUAUUAUUCAUUUUUCUAAAUUUUUUGUAAAUACCUAAUUUAUAAGUUAUUUAAAACUUAUAAUUUAAACAAAUAUGUAUCAUAUAAAUUGUAAUUAUAUGUAUAUGUAAAGACUGAUUUUUAACAUUUUUUUUGCUUAUA